AUGGUGCCGGAGGACACGGGUGAGGCUGACGGGGACGAGCACGAUGAAGGGCCGAAGAGCCUCAAGGCUGAGGGGCCAUCGACGCUUAGCUCUUGGGAAGCCCAAGGCUGCUGCCAACGCCGUCAAGCUGCAGUCAUUGCCUCGCCGGCCUCAGUGGGUGACUCUAUCGACGCUACACUGCCCUCUAUCCUGGAGGCUAUUCAUGACAGUAAGGGCUUCUCGGUUUCUCCUCCGACUACCAGCGCGGCUGCCCCCGCUGACUUGCACGUUCCCGUAGUUCCUCUCAGAGCACGCGAACUGGAGGAACCCAUAUUUUCUCCGAUGUCACAGUCGCUUCUGACGAGUGCUGUGACUUCUUUGAGAGACGACAGGCUUCAGGGGUCUGAUUCGUUGUUGAGGUCCGCGGGUCAUGUGCCGCUCUCCACGGUGAAGUGUGCCUCGAGCCUGGCCUCGGGUAAUGAAGCGCUGGCGACGAGAUCCGCCAGCAGUGGCGCUUAUGGGACUGUCUCUACGGUGUCGCUGAAUGUUCCGGCCGAAUUCCUGCAGCUGCAGCCUACAGAGAGGGUAGACGCCUCACUGCUUGCACAACACGAGGAGGUUCGGAUGGAAAAUGAGGAACUACGGCGCCAGCUCGAGGCGCUUGUGCGAAUUCAAGAGGAACUUGAGCGCCGAUACCAGCAGCGUGAAGAAGCGGCUGCCCGAGUUGAGCGACGCUACACAUCGGAGAAGAAGGUGCUUGCAUUGGAAAAGGAGCAGGCUCUCGCACAGCUUGGCGAUACGCACAGUGAGGAGCUGCAGGCGUUGCGGAAUGCCGAGGCGGCAGCUCGGUCGAAAGCUGACGCCUUGGCUAAGGAAGUUGUGACGCUGCGAAGCAGACUGUCGAGGCUCCAAGAAGAGCUGCAGACACCAAUGGAGAAGCGGUUGAAGUGCCACCGCCACUCAGAUGAAGCGAUCGCUGCGCAGGCGAAAGCGGAGGCAGAGUGUAUAACUUUUCGAGCAGCGGCAGCUGACGCGCCAACUGAGCGUGCAGCCGAAGUCUCUGCUCAGCUAAUGGAGCUGCGAAAGAAGCUGUGGGUUACUGAGGAGCGUGCCGCCGCCGCCGAGCUGGCGUUUCAGUCGCUGUGCUCGCAGCUAACUAUCGCCGCGGACACCACAGUAGCAGCUACAGGUGUUGGGGUACAGGCCACACCCACGCUGGUUCGAGAUGUUACCGCUGACACAGAGCUUGCGCACUACGUGCCUACUUCAGGAUUCUUUAGUGGAAGUCCUCAGGCGGCACCGACACCGGCUGCCUUUGAGGAGACUGCUGUGCUGACGGCAGUGCUAUCAGCAAUGGAGAGCGACAGCGCGGGCGUUGCCUUUUCCUCCCCGCUGAAGUCGUCUUCCCAGGGAGAUGGAAAGGGUGAGGCAGAGCUGUCGCAGUCUGGCUCGAAUUCCACUCUGGAGGUGAAGCCGCCUCUUUCACAGCAUCGGCUCACCGCAGCCGCGCUGCAAUCAUCUUCUGACGUGUGCGUCGCUCUCAAGCAGGCCCGUCUAUCGAACGCCGGACUUCUGCGCUGUCGGCGGUAUCGCCAGUUGCUGCAAGUCUCGAUGGCGCGUGUGUCGGAUGGAUACCAGCGAGUAGCACGAGAGGUCACUGCCACUGCUGAUGCGCGCGCCGCCAAAGUGGAGAACGCUCUUUCUUGUGAAGUCAAGGAGCUGCGUGCGCGACUCGAGCACUCUCAGCAGCUAUUACUGUCCCACGAGCGAGGCAGGGAGAAUGAAGAAUCAUGUACUCAUGCAAGGGAGGAUGCAGGAUGCCAGACGACCCAAUCCAGCCUGCAAGGCCGCGCUUCUGUUGGCGUAGUCACAGACACUGUGGAUGUGUUCAGCAUCAAUGGCUGCAGAGCUGCUGCCACCGCCUCGUGCCGCGCUGCAGCAGCAGCAGCAGAGACGGUUACGUACGAAGAAGUCCUCACUGAGGUACAGCGGCAACUACAUCACGAGCGCAGCUACAUCGGCCAGCUACAGAAAGAGGUACAGUCCCUGCGCGCCUCCAACUACGCCGCAUCCGUGCUCGAGAGCCUCACAAAUGCAGUGCAGGAGAUGCGCGUGACUGUACAUCGACUCGUACGAGACGCCGUUGCCGACGUGGAAUUGAUCGUCUCACAAGAGCGACCGCAGUUCCAGGCAACAGCGAUGAACGACGGUAGCUACACGAGCGAGAGGGUAUGGAGCGAUGACCCAAGGCAUCUCUUCCUUGGGCGAUGGAACUCCAUGAGUGACGAUGGCAAACAUCACCUGAGCAACACUUCACCUGCUCGCAGGGCAAACAGUGGGCACCGCGCGACGACCGCGCUGCCCUCUUCUUCCUCUCUAUUGGAUAUUGACUUCGUGCGUGCUGUUCACAAGUCCAUCUUGCGAGCGGAGGCUCACAUUCAGCAGGUCAGUACCACACUCCUAUGCGACUACCAGCGAGUUAUUCCCGACGCACGCACCUUUGUGGGUAGCUGUGAAGACUGCCAAUAUAUGACAUACGAGAUCGGUGACCCGCGACACUCCCAACAGAUGCAAUUCUCUUCGAAGGGCACUGGGUGCAACUCACUGCGCGCAACUGGUGGGGUUUUUCGGGAGGUGCCGUCGCGGCGGCUUUUAGAGGGAGACGGAAGUUUUUACGGCGGCGGCAAGCCACCGCCGUCGCAAUCAGGGCCCUUCUCAAUGACUACCAGAAAACGAACCGCACAACAGCAGAGAGUGUAUGCGGAGAUGCGCGAUCUUCUCCAGCGAUCGACUCCUGCCCAUGGCAGCAUGACAGCGUUCACAACAUCACCCUCAUGUUACUCUCCUGGUGGCUCUCGUUGGUUGUCGGGAGUUCGACCACCGCGGACUGGGUCAUCAGACAUGAGCGUCUCCCCAUCUUCUCAGCCAUCUCCCUACAUUGCCGCCUACGCGACUGAGUCCGCAGAGUUUCAUCAAGCAGCCUCAUCCUGCUUACCACCUAACUCCGCUGCAAGGCCGGUGAGACCCUCUGCAGAUGCGUGGCUAGGCUUUGCGCACGUGGUAGAUGCAACGCAGGCAUUACGUAACCUGGGAUGCCUUCUGGACAAUUUCCGAGAUGAAGCAGAGACACGCGAAGCACGGCGGCGGCAGUCUCUGCAGGAGUGGCAAGAUGCCAUCUUGGCUGCUGUGGACGGCGUCUGGGUGAGAAUCGAAGACGCCUUGAAGCAUCUACGGCGUCCUGGAGCGGUAGGGGGGGAUGUUCUUCGUGACACAGUGGAUCGUGAGAAAGACGCCCACAGCGUGUCUCCAAUGAAGGCCACGUCUCUUGCCAUCCGCACUGAUUCCGUCGACCACGAGCUAGAGCGAACACAACAGAGACCGGGUGUGCAGUUAUUACCUAGUCAUGUGCUGGAAAGCCCAGUCGUAUCACAUCAUGUGCCAUCACGGCUCGCCGAGGUGCUGUCUGGAAAGACCCACUCAAAGGUGAGCGGUAGCGCUGUUCUCUAUGCCUGA